GUCUCCAGGAAAGGGCACCUCAGCUUAUGCACUGUACAGGGAGAUUAUUAGCAGGGAGGCAAUGUCUGUUCACCAUGACAUCAGCGGUCCCUUCUUGGACAUUCUAUUGUGUCCUAGAGAGUUCUUGGCAUCCUCUGUGAUGUCAUCAGUGUUGUAGUAACCACAAGUGCCCUACAUUUUCUCAGUCCCUGCCUGGCAGAUACACAGGAAGACAUGUUUUCCCGGCUUCGCAAGAAUUUUGGGAGAGUGAACGCCGAUUUUGGACAGACUGGAGUGAGGGAAUCUCGCCUUUCAUCAAAAAUAAAUGGUGGACAACGAAAGCUGGCCUGGGGAAUGCUGAAGGAUGGGAGACUGACAUCAUCCCCUGGCCCUGUGGUAAUCAACAAGGAGGCCAACACGGAGAACACAGAAGAACAGAGACUGAUUAGACAGCUGCAGUCAGCUACUGAGGAGAGAAAUGAGCUAAGAGAUCUCCUGACUUACGUGACAGAGAGAUACAGGAACAACAGGGCCAGCCACUACAUCAGGUCAAAUCCAUUUUAUGAAAAUUUGAAGAUAAAGGAGAGGGAGGUCAUGUCAUUACUGCACAACUUAGAGAUGAGGAACAUCGAGCAUUGUGAGAAAUUUCAGGAGCUCCAGAAGGAAAUUAACUUCUAUCGGAACCUGCCCAGCCGGAUCCAUAUGGACAAGAUAUGUAUGCAGAAGAAGUUGUUCCCAUUCAGAAAGGAGGGCAAAGCAGAACAGCUUGAUUGUGCACCGCUGCUACAGAAAUUUUUGUUUGAUUUGAACAAGAAAGAUAAAGACGAACAGGAGAAAACCAGCAACCUCCAGACCAAGCAACAUCUGGAUAACACCACUUGAGAGACCACUUGGGAACUGCAUUGCCAUUUUGCCUGCUAGAGGAGAAACAGCAAUAUAACUGUGCUUCUAAAUGUUCACUAAGAAUAUGCUGUUUAGAAAUAUUUUUGUUAUGAUCUUAAAUGAAGUUUUUGUUUUGUUAUUUCAUAGUUAUAUGUUCUUGUUAAUAUUUUUCACAUCUGAAAAUACUUUUAUAUAUUUAUAUUAAUAUUCAUUUUAAUCAUUUUUGUUUUAAAUUGUAUUCCUUAUGAAUAAAACUUGAUUUGUAACUCU